AUGGCCGAUAGAAACGACGACGGCGAAGGCCGCCCCCCGUACUCCUCCUACGCCGUCAGCAUCUACCAGAACGGCAUCAUGUCCGGUCAGCUGCCCAUCGUGACGACGGACCCGAACGGCCUGGAGGAGCAGGCCAAGAAGGCGAUGGGCAAGGAGUGCUUCGGUUACGUCUUCGGAGGCGCCGGCGAGCUCUCCACGAUGGACGCCAACCGUCUCGCCUUCAGACAGUGGAAGAUCAUUCCUCGUUUCCUCAGACCGACCAGCCCCCGAGACCUGAAGACGGAGCUCUUUGGUGUGACUUAUGACUCACCGGUGCUGAUGGCCCCCAUCGGUGUCCAGGGCAUCUUCCACGAAGACAAGGAAGUCGGUCUGGCGUCCGCCUGCGCGGAGCUCGGCGUGCCGUACACCCUCAGCACGGCGGCAACCUCCACGAUCGAGGAGGUUGCGUCCGAGUUGGGUGACGCUCAUCGCUGGUUCCAGCUGUACUGGCCCAUGGACGAUGAUAUUACCGGCUCUCUUCUGAGAAGGGCCAAGGCCAAUGGAUACAAGGUCCUCGUCGUAACGCUCGAUACUGUGACGCUGGCGUGGCGUCCAGAGGACUUGAACAAAGCCUAUCUCCCUUUCAUCACUGGCACUGGCAACGCGGUGGGCUUCAGUGACCCUGUUUUCCGCAAGAAGUUCUCGGCGGAGAAUGAUGGGGAUGAGGUCGAGGACAACGUGAUUAGUGCGUCACGAUAUUGGAUCAGCCAGGCCUUCCCAGGUGAUCACCACACAUGGAAAGACCUCGCGUUGCUGAAGAAGCACUGGGAUGGCCCCAUCGUUCUCAAAGGAGUGUUGAGUGUAGAGGACGCAAAGUUGGCCGUCGAGCAUGGUGCGUCGGGCAUCAUCGUGAGCAACCACGGCGGAAGACAGCUGGACGGCGGCGUGGCCUCGCUGGAGAUGCUUCCUGAGAUCGUGGAGGCUGUCGGGGACAAGCUUACCGUCAUGUUCGACUCGGGCAUCCGAACUGGUGCCGACAUCGUGAAGGCGCUUGCCCUGGGAGCCAAGGCUGUCUUCGUCGGCAGGCCUGCUAUCUACGGUCUAGGCAUUGCCGGCAAGGAAGGCGCGAAGGCUGUUAUUGCUGGCCUGCUCGCCGAUCUCGAUCUGACCAUGGGGUUGUCUGGGUUCAAGAGCGUAUCGGACUUGAAGCCAUCGAUCCUUCGCCAGGUCCGUUACGGCGGGGACCUCAAAUCCAAUUUGUAA